CGACUUCAACAUGGGUACCGAAGGGCGCUGGGAGCUCCUCAAUCUCAACCUCGAGGGCCUACCCAAGCUCCUCGUCAAGUAUGUCGUUGGCACAACUGGCUACACUGUAUCUAUCACCGAUCUUGCAAAUAUAUGGAUCGAGACUUUAUCCAAUCUUGAUGUCGUACGCAAUGCUGAGAUGCAGAGUUGCAGUAUCAAUCCUGGUGAUGACGCCGGCCAAUUGCGGAUAUUGCUCGAACAAAUCCGCGAUAUUCUUCGUCACAAAGAUGGUACUACUGUCCAUCUUACCCUGCAGCCUCCUAAUCAUUUGAAACUUGCAUUGAGAGCCCCCUUACCACCUCCUUUGCCUCCGUUUGAAUGGGACAUGGUGCUCACCAAAGCCACUUCGGUCGAAGUGGUUUCUGAAGUCAUUUCACCUCUUCUCAUGCUUGCUCAUCAACAACAACAGCAACUCAGUUUUCUGCUUAGUCAACUCAAGGACAAGGAUCAUGCCAUGUCACGAUUGCUUGAUAAAAUGGAGGCCACAAACACCGAUCUCGGGUCUGUCUUUCCAGGAGUAUCGGCAGGCAGAGCUUCUCAAAGGUCUUUGAAAAGAAACCAUAUAGCCAAUCGUGUCCCGGGUCUUGCUCCUUUCCAACCUGGCUCCGAACUACAACAUAACGGAGAUGCCCCCUCCACUGAGGCACUCUAUGCCGUUCUUCGUGAUGUCCCUGGUGACAUAACUCCGAGUACGACUAACAUCAGUGAUGUAUGGUGGCAGAAUAUGCCCAACCAACAGGGAAGCAUAGAAGUCAGUGUGCCGAUGCCUUCAGUUCUGGAUGACGACGAGACAGACGACGAUUUGGACUUCCAGACAAUACCAGAGCAAUUGCAACGGCAGAUGCCUGCUAACAUAUCCUCUCCAGUCCGCUCAUCCAGGCGCAUGCAAAGGCACAUCUCUGCUAACGACGAUAGCACAGACGAUGGCCGUGUCACGUCAUCUCCUCCUCUUCCCCCUGCUCUUCGCAACUUCCGUCUCGGCCAGACAGAAACACCUGCCCCUGAUAGUCCAAGCAAACGCUCGAACACACAAACGAGACGCAUUGGAGCAAUAGGAGCCCGAUCUAGCUCUCAAGCUCUGCCAACCUCUUCGCCGCCCAAGCCGCCUGCGGAUAUCGAACUUGACCAUAGCUUGCGAUCGAGGACAAAGCUGUCACCAACUCCAUCCUCGAUGUUGCCUCCUCAAAGCCAGGCAUCCCCUUCACGAAGACGUAGACUUGGAGGGAUUGGGCGUGGCAGCUCUCAAAUGCAGCAUUCCCAGCCAUCGCUCAGCAGAUGGUCAUCACAAGCUCCGCCUAUCCCUGAAGAAGAUCUGCAGGACAAUCCUGACCUUGAUCUGGGACUCACGUCCACAGCUCGUGAGAGUCGUGAAGAUACAGCAGAAGUUCGACAGACUCGGGCAAAGCGCAAAGCUAGCGAGGAAAGAGAACCAACACCGAGAGAAACAUCUGCAGACAGGGCUGAUAGGAAGAGGCAAGAGCUGAAACAAAAUGAAAAAUCGAAAGCGCCUGUGAAGAAGAAAAGGCGGUUC